CUGUCGAUCAAAACAGACGGUGCUGAUCGCGGGUUAAAAUUCAGUUUAAUAAAUACGCCAUCUAGUAUGGCAACCGAGCAGUAACUGGAAACUUAAUGAGAAGAAAAAGGGAAAUGUGUUUAGAUUACCGUUUCUCCUUAGACAAAGUUAAUGGACUUUUCUAUACAUGUACGCAUUGUCUAUAAAAAAGUAUAAGAUUUUUAAAUUACAGGUACUAUUCCAAAAAUAGUGUAUUUUGAACAUGUAUUUUCCGAUGUAAUACAAUCUCAUACAUUGUUUGAAAGGAAUAGAUCGUUACAUAAAUUAAAAGCAAUGAUACGAAUACCAACGACAAUGAGUACUACUGUGUUAACAAUACGAAAUUUAAACGGCUACAACCAUUUGAUAUCAAAUGGACCUUGUAUUCAAUGUGUACGAUGGAAGAAGAAGCCAAUUUGGUUACCCACGGCAAAGACGAAAGUAUUUAGAAUACCUGUAAAACCAGUUAUACCUAAGGAAGAAUACGAAGAACUUAAAUGUUUAAGCAAUUACUACAGAACGUAUAUGAAAUCAUUGAAAUCUUAUUUCUGUAAGCAAGAUAAUAUUGCUACUAUGCAGAACCAACAAAUCGUACAAACAAAACUCUUUGACGAAGAUUUCUUAAAAUGUUGCGAAGUAAACGACGAAUGGAAUAAACAAAUAGCUCUAGAACGAGAACAGAGGCUAGCUAAAGAAAGGGAAGCACGCGAGAAUGAUAUUUUGAGCAGACUAGCCGCAAAAGAAGAAAGAAUGUUAAAUCUUCAAGCUAAAGUAGACGAAGAGAUCAGGACUGCAAAAGAAGAAGCUAAAACAUUUAUUACACGUGAUAAUAUAGAUGAAGCUAUCGAACAUGCAUUAAAAACUAUCGUAGAUCCCAAUGCUGCUAUUGCUCUUGAUGGUAGUUUUUAUAUUAAAGAUUAUACAAAACCAACAGAGACUAGCAAUUGUUCUGAAACUACUGUGUAAAUUAUAUAAUA